UUUUCCUGUUAAUAACUUUACCCACCCAUUCAAAACAUUAUGAAACACCAAGGGUAGAUAAGAGAAGUUAUAGUUCCCUCUUCGUUUUUAGACAGAAACUUACCAGGGAUCAUGGCUGAGAAUUGGUUCUUACUUCUUUGGGGACUCUUCAUCCUAUUGGUCACUGCUACAGCCCAGACACAGGGAGUUUCCUGUCCUCAGUGUCCUCAGCAUUCCAGCUGCAUCAAUGGCAUUUCCUGUAUCUGCCAGGAUGGAUAUGCUUCUGAGUCUGGGAACAUAUUCUUCACUGACCCUAGAGAGAUAUGUAAAGAUAUUAAUGAAUGUGAUGACAACCCUGCUAUAUGUAAGGGCAAAUCAUGUAUCAAUUAUGAUGGAAGUUAUCAGUGUAGCUGUUAUAGCACAUAUUCUGGAAUCCAUGCAUUCUUGAGUUUUUUCAGAGCCUGUCCAGACCUAUUAUCUUCUGGAGACAACAAUCAGAUUUUUGAAAAUAUUCUGAAUAUAUUUAAUACACCAUUUGGCGGAAACAAAAGUGCCAUUGCCCGUUCAGUAACCAACCUGCUUCAAAGAAUGGAGAUAAUGAUAUUAGAAAGUGCAUUUAAACCCCAAAAUAGAAUACAAGACCGCUACCUAGUUACUGACACACAGGUUGUUCCAAACAAUAACUGCUCUGAGAGGAAUAAGAUCUUCACACUGAAAGCUGGAGAAGAUGCAAUGAACAUCCCUUGCAAUGAAGUCAUCAGAGGAAGCACCAAAGGUCAAAGUGCUGUUGCUUUUCUCUCUUAUACUAUGCUGGGGAACAUCAUUAAUGGAUCUUUCUUUGAGGAGGAGAGACAUUUGCAGAAGGCGAGCAAUAUUUCCUUGAACUCCAGGGUAGUAAGUGGUACCACUGGACAACGACAAAACAGCACCCUCACCAGCUCUGUUAUCCUUACCUUUAAGCAUCUUCAAGAAAGUUAUAACCAAGGCUACAAAUUUCUCUGUGUCUACUGGAAAAGCACUACAGAGGGGGCUAACUGGUCCACAGAAGGCUGUUCUCUAUUGAAAACCAAUGCCACUCAUACCAGCUGCAAUUGCGGCCACCUGUCCACCUUUGCAGUCUUGAUGGCACUCACAGACCAGGUGGAAGAUGGUGUGCUCACAGCAAUCACUUAUGUGGGUCUGGGCCUCUCCCUGCUAUGUCUCUUUCUGGCUGCCCUCACCUUCUUCUUGUGUCGUGCCAUCCAGGGCACCAGCACCUCCCUCCACCUGCAGCUCUCCCUGUGCCUCUUCCUGGCUGACCUUCUCUUCCUCACUGGCAUACACCAAACUGCAAAUAAGAUUCUGUGUUCCAUCAUUGCUGGUACAUUGCAUUACCUCUACCUGGCUGCCUUUACCUGGAUGUUUCUGGAAGGGCUGUACCUUUUCCUCACUGUCAGGAACCUCAAAGUUGCCAAUUAUACCAGCGCAAGACAUUUUAAGAAGAGGUUCAUGUAUCCUUUUGGCUAUGGGAUCCCAGCCGGGAUUGUGGCUAUCUCAACAGGGAUUGAUCCCCAUGGCUAUGGGACAAUUAAAUACUGCUGGCUCAACUUACAAAGAGGGUUUAUUUGGAGUUUUGUUGGACCAGUGAUGGUCAUUAUUUUGUUUAACUUGAUCUUUUAUUCGAUAACGCUGUGGAUUUUGAGAGAUACUCUUUCCUCCCUUAACAAAGAUGUGUCCACUAUCCAAAACACAAGGAUCCUGACCUUUAAAGCUCUUGCUCAGUUCCUCAUCCUGGGCUGCUCCUGGAGUCUUAGCUUUUUCCUGACGAAAUCUAUAACUGAGCCAGCCCAAUCAAUCAUUGCCUACACCUUCACCAUCACCAAUUCCCUGCAGGGCAUAUACAUCUUUCUGGUUCACUGUAUCCUCAAUAGCCAGGUCCAGGAAGAAUACAGGAAGUUGUUUAAGGGGAUCCAGAAAAUAAGUGAGACAGAUAGUAGUGAUAUGCUCUCUGGUCGUACUACUCACAGCAAAGUGAUUGUAGAAUUAGAAAAAUCUCCAAAAUUUGUUGGGAAAGGAAAAAACACCUUAACUUGAAGAUAUUCAAUGACUUAUACCAUCACCAAGCAUAACACUUCUGAAAGAAGCCAUCUGAAUAAUUGGAUAUUUCCAUGUAUUCAAAGUGCAGUGCAUAUUAGAUGUAUGUAUUCUUUUUGGUAAAAAAUCCAAUUCUUUUAGUCAUCGGUUCAUGGAAUGCUAAUAUGCUAAUCUAUCUCUUGAGUAUGAGUAUUAUGAGCAUUAUCUGUAGUAGGUAUUAAAAUUUUACAUAUCAAAAAUGGAGCCCAUUAUAUUUUUUCUUAAAAUAAUUUCUCUUCCAGAUUUUGCUUUUUCUGUUGAGGAUACUACACAUUCAGCCAGAUUCAUAAUGAUUUUUCCUUUCUAUCACCUUUCUUUGUCCAGUAAGUUGUCAUAGUUUAGCUGAUUUACUUCCACAGCAUUGGUCUCAAAUGUUUCUCUCUCACUACUCAUACAAACUCUCUUAAUUGGAUAAAUAGUCUCCUAAUUCCUCUCUCUUCUCCUACUCUCUCAGCUUUCCAUUUUAUCAACUGCUUGGAUAUCAAUUUCGUUACACUAAAAACUCAACUCAAAUGUGAUCAUAGUAUUUCCUACUCAAAAUUCUUUACUGGCUUCCCUAUCCUCUUUAGGAGGUUUCCACUUCAAUGUCAAAAUCUUUUAUUUCAUUUAUCUUUGUGCAUUCUUAGUUCCCAUUUGGUUUACUAGAACAAGGACUUUUAUUUUUAUCUUUGUGGAGAUUAAUCUGGAAUUAUACCCAAAGAAUUAUUCAACUACUUAUACCCUUUGACUCAGAAAUACCACUAAAAGAUCUGUUUCCCAAGGUGAUUAGAGGAAAAGAAAAAAAAAACAACUAUGUGUUCUAAAAUAUCUAUAGCAUCUCUCUUCCUAAUAGCAAAGAACUGGAAAUUGUGGAGAUGGCUGAGCAAGUUGUGGUAUAUGAUCAUAAUGGAAUACUACUAUGCUAUAAAAAUGAUGAGCUUGAUGUUCUUAGAAAAAUAUGGAUAGGCUUGCACAAACCAAUUAAGAGCCAAAUUAGCAGAACCCCGCAAAAAAUUGUCUAUAAUAACAAUAUGAAAUAUUAUUUUUAAGAACAAAUUUUGAGUAACUAUUUUUAACUAUUAUAAAUACCCAAAUUAACUACAAAGGAUAUAUAAAAGAAGAUGCAUUCAGGGAAAGAAAUGAUAAAUAGAAAUAUGUAUAAAAUAUUUUUACACACACAGAGACACACAUUUGUAUUUAACAAGAACCAUCUAUAGGUGGCAGAGGAAGGGUAGAAAAAAAGGGAAAAAAGAAAGCUACAUGAUAACUUUAUUAUAUAG